AUGGCGGCCUAGAGGUACCGGGGAUGUUCUGGUGGCACCGGGAGGGCCUGGGAAGUACUGGGAGCCUCCUGAAAGGUCCCGGGCAAGCUCCUCAGGUCCCGGGGGAGGCUCCGUACGCCUCUUCGCCCUCCCCAAAAUCCACCGACCACCCCCCCCCCCCACACACACACACUUUUUGUCCUGAAUUCCUGCUGCGUAUGAAAUGCACGACGGGGAUGAACGACCAGGAGCGACUGCCGAUUGCCCUCGGUAUUCCCCCGGUUCUCCAGUUGUCCCCCGUUCACCUCCCGAGGCCCGGGUGUAGCCCUCGUAUCCCCGCUGUGGCCAAACCGGCGCUACGUUGAGGCUUUCAACGCGCCGCGCGUGUUUCGGAGCGUUGAAUUUAUUUAUAAUAAAGCUUCUUUUGAAGUCUCCGUUUAUUUCGUGGCUCCGGUGGGACCGAGAUACCGUAACCGAGGAUGGGCGAUGCGGCACUGCGGGUUCGCCUUGCCAUUAAUUUUGCCCACGCGCGGCCGCCGUCCUUCCUCUCCCGCGUGCUUCUCGGCUUCACCGCGUGUUCGAUUGACGGGCGGUUCCACCAAUGGAAUUGCGGAGACAGGGGCGCCGCGUCCCUUCUGACCAAUGGCAGCGCGAGAUGGGCGGGUUUUCCCCGUCCCUCGGCGUUCCGGUGUGGGCGGGCCGAGGAGGGCGGGCAGAGGGAAGGGAAGAUGGCGGAGGAGGAGAAGCUGCCCGCGGGGUGGGAGAAGCGCAUGAGCCGCAGCUCCGGCCGCGUGUAUUACUUCAACCACCUGACGAACGCCAGCCAAUGGGAGCGGCCGAGCGGGGCGGGGAGGGCGGAGCCGUGCCGCGUGCGCUGUUCGCACCUGUUGGUGAAGCACAGCCAAUCACGGCGCCCGUCCAGCUGGAGGCAGGAGCGCAUCACCCGCUCCAAGGAGGAGGCGCUGCAGCUCGUCAAUGGUUACAUCCAGAAGAUCAAAUCAGGAGAGGAGGAUUUUGAGUCUUUGGCUUCUCAAUUCAGCGACUGCAGCUCGGCCAAGGCCGGAGGGGAUUUGGGAGCAUUUGGGAGAGGGCAGAUGCAGAAGGCGUUCGAGGACGCGUCGUUCGCGCUCCGGGCCGGCGAGAUGAGCGGCCCCGUUUUCACGGAAUCCGGGAUCCACAUCAUCCUCCGCACGGAGUGA